CAUUCUGACGUCUGUCCUGCGCUUUUCUUCCUUUCUUUCAAGUGCUUCUUUUUCGAGGUCCGUGACUUCCAUAGAAAGGAACAGUUUCUGUCCCAGCUCGCACUCGACCCUGCUUUUCGCCCUUCGCUGUCGCCUCUACCUCGAGGUGUUACUUUCAUCUUCUCGAAAGUUCGUCCUUUUCCGUCAAUGUUCGCAGUUGUUCUCUUCUCUUCUCUACGCGAGUGCUCAGUUAUCUUUCAAACGCCUUGCGUGUCCAGCGGGCAGACCUCUGGAGAAGGUCUUCACCGAAGAGCUUGUGUCGCCAGAGCAAACAUGCGUCCUUCUGGGUUCGCGUGUGUCUCUCUGGCUGCUCGUCCAGCGGUGUAACUGGGACCUCUCUGGAGCUGGUUUCCACUUUUUCGAGCGAGAGCAGCCGGGAGAAGAGACGAAGACGGCGAAGCGAGGGAAAGAGAAGCACAGGAAGAGAACUUCAGAGUCGAGGGAAAAAGAUUCAGAGAAAUAGGAGACCGAGACGAUGGUUCGCCAGAAGAGUCGUUGGGUGAUAGGGUCGGUUGUGUGGAAAGAAGACGUUGAAAAAAACCGCAGAGUCUUUUUAUCUCCAUCUAAUCUGCAAGAAGCUCUGCGAGCAGCUGUGGCGGAAUGCUGGGGCGCCCUCGGGACUGCGUACUUGGCCUCUUCGCUCCGCGUCGCCCACGUUGGUCAAGGCGACGGGCCUUGCCCUCUGUUUGUCCUGCAAGUUGAAAGGGCAUACUGUCAAGAACUUCUCGCAGUGCUGAAGGCGAUUCGCGAGCUAGGCAACCAGCGGUGCCUCAUUUCCGUGGUGCAUGUGGGAGGCACUUUGCGCAGUGGUAGGCGUGAAUUAGAAGAGCUGAUCAAGUCUGUCUUUCUAAAGCAGCUUGAACAGGUGCAAGCGUCAUGCAAACCUUGAGUUGUUUCUCUUAGGGAAUUCUGAACGGAAAAAACUAUGCGUUUGACCGUGAAACCCCGGG